AUGCCUUCGCAAAUCCCCCGUCCCGCUUCGACUACCACGAACUCGUCGACUUCGACUACUUCUACCUCGACGACCCGGCAGUUCUCGGGCAGCAUGGACGCUUACACCCUCUCCAUGUACGAACAUACCCAGCGCCUGAUGGCUGCGGCGCAGAUUCCGUACACCAGCCCCCUCAACAUCACGUCUCCCGGCGAGCGAACGCACUCCGGAACCGGCUCCGUCGUUCCGCUCCUCAUCAUUAUCAUCAUCAGUAGCAUCGGUAGCAGCAGCAGCAGCAGCAGCAUCAUCAUCACGAUGGAUUAUCCGCGUGUCCCAAAUGUGCACGUCCUUGCUGGCAAUCAACUACACCCUAUAACGGAACAAUGGCAGUUUGACCGAAUGAGGCGGUUGGGUGUCGACAUGUGUGACUGGGAUAGCAUCAACGGACGGCUUCUGCGCUACGAACCCCCCGCAGAGCUCCCCUACGAACCUGCGGUCGUCUCCGGCCUGGUGAGAGUCUUCAUCGACAUCAUCAACCGCCCGGCCGUUCUUCCCCCCGGCUUCUGGGCCACGGAGAAGAUCCUCAUUGGCCCUAGUUGGGGCGUACCGGGCUGGGUUCCCUGGUUUCCGACAAACUCUCUGUUCCUGAGCAACGAGAGAUCUCUUGGGGAACGUCCUGGGAAGGUCGACUACAUGCAGUGGUGCGGUACUUGCGGGAAGUGGCUCCUGGGACAGUUCUUCUUCGAGCACAUCGGGGCCCGCGAGGAUUCUCGUACCUGCAACCGGUGUUCCAUGCGAAGAGACCUUCGUAACCAGGUCUACGAUUCGAGGAACGCCUGGAUCGUAGCAAAGCAGCCGAUGAUGAUGUGGCUUUGCCCCGGUCAGCCGGGCUACGACCACUAG